CAGUAUUGAGUCUUUAUCCAGAGGGCGACAGGAGAGUUUCGAAGGUUUUUCAGCAGAGGGGAAGUGACCCGAUCAGAAUUGCAGCUCAGAGGGCUUCUCUGUGGCAAUGAUGGUGUUUAGACACAUCCACGGGCAGGGUUGGAUGCAGAGACCCGGUGACCAUGUGUAAGAAGCGCAUGGGCUGUGUGGGUGUGAUUGUCACCACGCUCUGGCCAGCCAUGGACACAGAAAGGAGGCUGAUUUACAAGAAUCUGCUGCUGAAAGCCCAGCUAGGCCUAGCUGGGCCUGCAGCCAACUUCCACUUUACCCGGAUGCUUUCGCUUUCAAGACAUCGUGUUUUGAGUAAAGAUUCCUCCUUCUGAACACGGGACUUUCCGGCAGGACCACAGCUCCUUCCGAGCACUCCUUUGGCCUAGGAUGGAUAUCCUGGUUUGUUGAGGGAGUCUUCCAAAGGAGGACAUCGGCCAUGUGGUCCCUCUGGAGUCUUCUUCUCUUCCAAGGCCUCCUUCCCAUUGUGGUUAUCAGUGUCCAAGUGCUAAGCAAGGUAGGGGACUCCGGGCUGCUGGUGGCUGAGUGUCCUCCGGGCUUCCAAGUGCGUGAGGCUAUCUGGCGAUCUCUCUGGCCAUCAGAGGAGCUCCUGGCCACCUUUUUCCGGGGUUCCUUGGAGACUCUGUACCACUCUCGUUUCCUGGGCCGAGUCCAGCUCUAUGACAACCUCAGCCUGGAGCUUGGGCCCCUGAGAACUGGAGACAGUGGCAAUUUCUCUGUGCUGAUGGUGGAUACAGGAGGUCAAACCUGGACCCAGACCCUGCAUCUCAAGGUGUACGAUGCAGUACCCAAGCCUGAGGUUCAAGUGUUCACGGCUGCAACAGAGGAGGCUCAACCUCUCAAUACCUGUCAGGUCUUCUUGUCCUGCUGGGCCCCCAACAUCAGCGACAUAACCUACAGCUGGCGACGGGAGGGGACAAUGGACUUUAAUGGGGAACUGCGCAGCCUUUUCUCAAAUGGACAGGUGUUAAGUGUUUCACUGGGACUGGGGGACAAGGAUGUGGCCUUUACCUGCAUUGCCUCCAACCCUGUCAGCUGGGAUAUGACCACAGUCACCCCCUGGGAGAGCUGCCAUCAUGAGGCAGCCUCCUCUGGGAAGGCCUCCUACAAGGACGUGCUCCUGGUUGUAAUGCCAAUUACACUGUUCCUGAUUCUGGCUGGUCUCUUUGGGGCAUGGCACCAUGGCCUGUGCUCAGCAGGGAAGAGGAAGGAUGCCUGCACUGACAGAGCGCUUCCAGAGACAGAGAGUGCCGUCGCAUAGAGGAUGUCAUGAAAGACAGCAUACACUGGUGCUUGGACCAUGAUGAGAUGCCUGCCCAGCCACAUGAUGCUCCACGUCUGGACACCUCCAGGAUCCUCCUAACUUCCACAAGUCUGUCUGCCUCUGCUGGACAGCCAAGAAAACCACCAUCCUGGAACAUGGCCCUAGCCUAAACUUCCUCCCUCCUCCAUUCAGUCUGCACGUGCUGGACGCUCUCUGGGCAAGGUGGACUAAUAGGACGCGUCCUUAAAAACACCGAACUUUCUCUAGGAUCUACAGAGACAUUGAUUAUCCAAGGCAUCCAUUCUUCUACCACUGUACAUAAGGUCCAUCUUACCCAACUGCCACCAAGAGAUUGCCUCCAGGUCCUGGGCUCAAAGAGAGAUCAGAAGUUUGAAUGAACAUAAGAUGGAGCUCAUCUCUGCCAACUGCACCCCCACCCCCAGAGUCUGAGGUCCUUAUGUUCAAGAUGUUGUCAUAAGAAAAGUCAUAGAACAGGGAAAGAUGGAGGGCAGGGCUUUCUCUUUCUGGCCUGAAGGACUUUAAGGUCAUCUGAGUUCAAGGACCCUCAAAGGUAAGUUGAGGUUACAGAUGACGAGGGAUAGCUAUUGCGCCAUGUUGGGAUGGAAGCCAUUUUUCUAGUAGCACCACAUUAAUAGACAUCAUAAUUGCCAUUAAUUCUGGUGUCUCCUGCAUAUCCGGGGUGGUGUUUCAAACUCUUUCCAUAUAUUCUACAUGGUUGCCAGAAAAAAAGAAAGAAAAGCAAAGAAAAAAAUACAGAGAGUUUGACCCAGCCAGCAGGAAAUUCUUCCACAAUGUCAAGAGAAACAGCUAAGUUCAGGAUAAGUCUGUCUUCCUAAAACUGGGAGAAUGAAGAGCCAUAAAAAGCUAUGCAAGGGGGGCUGGAGAGAUGGCUCAGCGGUUAAGAGCAUUGACCAUUCUUCCGGAGGUCCUGAGUUCAAUUCCCAGCAACCACAUGGUGGCUCACAACCAUCUGUAAUGGGAUCCAAUGUUCUCUUCUGGUGUGUGUGAAGAGAUCUAUAGUGUACUCAUAUACAUAAAAUAAAUAAAUCUUUUUUAAAAGCUA